AUGGUAAUAACACGAUUAAAGAAUAACAUCCUAGGACUCAUUGACGCCAGUCUGCCACCUCUACACUAUAGAGUCUUGAGUAUCUCAAAAUUUAGCUAUCUAUUUGAUUACAUUGCAGGUACACAAAGUACUAUAAUGUUUUCUUUUGUUUUUAUUUAUCCUUCUGAUAAAUGUGGUUGCCAUUAUUAUUUCAUUUGGAAUAAGUUACGAGGUAUUGCAGGUGGUGGUUUGGUCCCAAAAAAACAAAUCUUUUUGGAAUUUUUUAGUGAUCCAGUUUUGUUGGAAACCAACCAAACCUAG